AUGGAUCGUGACGAGGAUUACCAAAAUUUUGUUGUGGUAUAUAGAGGGCUUUCGUACAUCGGGAAAUUAUUAGAACCAUACACAGAAAAUGGUAUUCAAAGAAUUCAUCAGGAUAUCUACAAAGUGUUGGGAGGCUACCCACCCUGUCAAUCACAAUGUAGCUUACAGUAUGGGAAAAAUAUGAAUAAAUGGUGUAACACUUGCAAAGAGUGGAAGAAACGAUUGGCGAGGACAACUAGGAUACCAUUUGAAUCUUGGCAAUACAUAGAGUUCUGGAAAUGGCCGACUGAUUUCAAAAGCAUUGCUGAUAUAUAUUUACCGAAGGGCUCGGCCAAUAAACCAGUCGAUCUACGAGAUAUUUCUGUGUCAUGUCAUAUUUGGCGCAAUAGCAUAAACGUGUUUCAGAUUCGUUGGUUUGUUAUUCAACAUUUGAGAGAUGCAAGAAAUAGGUACUUUGCUCAAAACAUCAAAGGACUACACGUAACACGAAAUGAAAAAGCUAAAGCUUUCGAUGCUUUCAGAGACGCGAUCAAAGAGCCAGAUGUUAAAUGUUUUGUAAACCAAAACUCGUCAUUGAAAGAACUUGAAAAGAUAAAAGAUGGGGAUGAAUUAACUUCAUGGAUGAACAAAAUUGAUGACAAAAUAAGUAACAGUUUUAUGACAUUAGACAGCAUAAUGCAAAACCAAAAUGAUUUCGCAGAAACCGUAACUCAAGCCCUUGACGAAAUCCAAAAGGAAAGUAUACACAAUGUCAAUAGAACAAAAUCAUCGCUUUUUCAAAAAUUUCACGUGAAGACGACAAUAUCAGCUUUAACAAUGGCAGUGAUUGCAUUCGUAACGUUAGCGUUCUUGUGGACAACCAGGGAAAACAUCCAAGAAGAGAAGAAAGGAUGCCUUUCAGAACUCUACAGUUAUACAUUUAAACAAGAUCUUCCAUUGAUGGGAUAUGUGAAAGAACAUAAAGAGCUAGAAGGUAGGAAAUGGUUACUAGAUGACAUUGGUAGAGUUCUUCUUGAACCUGAGACGAAUUCUAAUGGCGUCGCAAUCGUCGCAGAAAUGAGAUACGGUAUAUCUGCAAUCUUUUCGCAUUUACUUUGUGCGCAAGGUGAACAAAAAGGGAGGCAACUUGCGAAAGCAUGUUUAUGGAUUCCAUUUGUGUCGAUUUAAUGUUAAGAGUACUCGGUAUCCUGAAAGAUUUAUCAAACGAAUGGUAGGAUUCUUGGCAACAAAGAAUGCUAAAUAUGGAAACAUUAUAUCACUCUUACCAAGCUCUUCAAUAUUGUUUAACUCUGAUGCUUGUGCAAAGGAAAUAGAUGCCUGCUUCGACCAAGGCAUUACUCUACCACUACAAGAACUGUCAACAGCAGAGACUACGCCAUGGAUUAUAGCUGUAGAUGCUAUAGAUGAAUGUUUUGAUGAAUCACUACGCCGUAAUCCAAUUUUAGAUAUGCUGUCCAAUCGCAUCAAACUUCUGCCACAUUGGAUAAAAUUUCUUAUAACGUCGAGAAACAAAA